AUGGGGAACCACGCGCUCAUCUACGGCGCGUCUGGAAUCUCGGGCUGGGCCAUCGUCAACGCUAUCCUGAACGGCUAUCCCUCAAAAGACGCCUUCUCCAAGGUUUCGGCGCUGGUGAAUAGGCCGCUGACGAGGGAAAUGGCGUUGUGGCCGGAUGAUCCAAGGCUGCAGAUUGUUUCUGGAAUCGAUCUGUUGAAGGGGAGCCAGGAGGAUCUCGAGAAGACCAUCAAGGAGAAGGUGCCGGAGGUAGACACAGUGACGCAGGUGUACUUCUAUUCAUACAAGCAAGACGACGAUAAUGACCGCGAAUGCAAAACCAACGAAGCAAUGCUCGAGCGCGCCGUAACCGCCAUCGAGCACCUCUCCUCCAAAUUGUCCUAUGUCGUGCUUCCCUCCGGCACCAAGAUCUACGGCUGCCAAAUGCUCGACAAGUUCCCCUUCUCCGGCGAUCUGCCUCUCAAGGAGACUCUUCCCCCGAUUCCCGAGCCAUACCUUUCCCAGCUCUUCUACUACAAUCAGAUCGACUGCCUGAAGCGGAUUUCCAAGGGAAAGAGCUGGAAGUGGUGCGAGGUCCGACCGGAUAACAUCAUCGGCUUCGUGCCGAACAAUAACGCAUACUGCCUUGCGCAAACGCUCGCUCUGUACCUCUCACUGUACAGGGCUGUGGAAGGCGAAGGCGCAAAAUGUCCCUUUCCUGGGACCGAGAAGUCGUGGGUGAACAAGUACAAUGAGUCGCCGCAAGACAUGGUGGCACAUUUCUCCAUCUACGCAUCGCUGCACCCUGAGAAGACCGCGUCGCAAAGCUUCAACGUAGGCGGCCAGGAGGACUGCUGGAAGGGCAAGUGGCCGAUUAUCUGCGACUACUUCGGCCUGAAGGGCACCGGACCGGAGGAGAACUCGCCGCAACCUGGCGCAUACAUUGCGCAGCAUAGGAAGGAGUGGGAUGAACUAGAGAAGAAACACAAUUUGAAGAAAGGCUCUGUGGACAGCGAUAUCACGCACCCUGGGUUCCAGUAUUACAUUAUGACGCUUUUCGAUUUCGAUCGACAGAUGAGUAUGGAGGCUUCGCACAAGGUGGGCUAUACGGAGGAGAUCCGGACGCCGGAGACGUGGAAAGUUGCUUUUGAUCGCAUGAGGCAGGCGAAGGUCAUCCCGUAG